AUGAAGUCUCUGGCUCUGUUUGCUACCCUCCUCGCUGUCCCGGGAGCUCUCUCCCAGGCUUCAGAGUAUGCGCAAUGUGGUGGCAUUGGUUGGACUGGUGCCACUGCGUGCCAGUCUCCAUUCGUCUGCACUGAGUUAAACAGCUACUACAGCCAAUGCUUGCCUGGAAGUCCCGGCGCCACCUCUAGCAGCGCGUCAUCCACGAUCUCGUCGAGCAGCGCCCCGACCCCGACCCCGAGUGGGAGUCUGCCGCGCCUCGGUGGUGUCAAUACUGCUGGCUACGAUUUCAGCGCUGCUACCGAUGGCUCGUUCGUCGACAACAGUGUCAGCCCACCGGUAUCUCAGUACUCUCACUUCGCCUCGCAAGGCGCGAAUCUUUUCCGUAUUCCGUUUGCGUGGUCGGAGAUGCAGCCGACCCUUGGCGGGCCUCUGAAUCAGAGUUUCCUCAGUCGCUAUGAUGCAACCGUCAACGCUGCUCUUGCCACUGGCGGCUAUGUUAUCGUGGACGUCCAUAACUACGCGAGGCUGAACGGACAGAUCAUCGGCCAAGGCGGCCCAACCAACGACCAAUUCGCAAGCCUCUGGUCUCUACUUGCUGCGCACUACGCCAGCCAGUCCCAUGUCAUCUUUGGCGUCAUGAAUGAGCCCCACGAUGUACCUGACCUCGGAGCCUGGGCUACUUCGGUGCAAGCUGCGGUCAACGCUAUUCGCUCCGCUGGCGCCACCUCACAAGCCAUCCUCAUUCCCGGCUCGUCCUGGGCCAGCGCGCAAGCUCUUCCCACGGAGGCUGGGCCGUACCUGCUCAAGGUUACCGACCCGAUUGGCGGCACCAGCAAGCUCCUCUUCGACGUACACAAGUAUCUCGACUCUGACAACUCCGGAACGCACGCGGACUGUGUUACGAACAACGUUGACGUCCUGACGACCCUUGUGAACUGGCUCCAGCAGAACGGAAACAGGCAGGCAAUCCUUUCGGAGACGGGUGGGGGAAACACCGCGUCCUGCGAAACCGACCUGGGGCAAGAAUUGGCCUACGUGAAGCAAGCAUUCCCGACUUUGGUGGGAUUCAGCGUAUGGGCUGCAGGUGCCUUCGACAGCACCUACAUCCUCAGCGUGUCGCCCAACCCUGAUGGCUCCGACCAGCCCCUUUGGGUCGAUGCAGUGAAGCCGAACUUGCCUUGA